UCACUGGACUCGGAGGCUGCGGCCCGCACGGCGAACGGAGCGGCGGCGCAGCUCGCGCGAUCAAUCGUCGGCGGCAGCGGCGGCGGCGGCGGCGGGAUGGGGCUCGGGGGGCGAGGCGUGGUGGGGGAGAGGUGGUCGCAGCGCGUCCUCUGGCUCUGCGCCAUCGGCAGCGCCGUGAGCCUGUACUACGUGGCGGUGGAGAGGCAGGCGCAGAACCGCGCGCGGGCGGUGGCCGAGGGGCUCAAGGCCCUCGACGGCGCCGGCGCCGGAGAGGACGUGUGACUUCGCUGUGUGCUGGAGAGGUGAUCCCGGCCUGUGUAGAGACGGCCUCUCUGUUCGAGCUCGAAACGAGUUAUAUUUUUGCUUACCUUGUUUCUUGUUUCAUGAAAUUUUCGCAAUAAUAAUGUACUAGUAAUUGCCCCCUUUGUCAUUGCGAUAACUGGAUUACAAUUUGCGAUAUGGGAGCCAGAAAUGAUGGCCGAAAUGAAUGUCAUCUGUUUGUUCUCUUUUCUUUUAGUAA